AUGGGUCGCUCCAUUGGAUUUCUGAUCAUAAUAAUGAUUAAUGCUUGCUUUGCCCCAAUUAGCCUACAAGGAAAGACAAUUAGUAGUAAUGGUUAUCUUUACCCACAAUUUUACGACCGAUCUUGUCCAAGAGCUCAACAAAUUGUUCAAACCGUCGUGGCCAAAGCUGUGGCCAUGGAUGCCCGAAUGGCUGCGUCUUUGCUCAGGCUCCAUUUCCAUGAUUGCUUUGUUAAGGGUUGUGACGCAUCGAUACUAUUGGAUAGCACAUCAAGCUUUACGAGCGAAAAGGGAUCCAAUCCAAAUAGGAACUCGGUUCGAGGGUUUGAAGUUAUUGACGAGAUCAAAUCCGCAUUAGAGAAGGAAUGCCCUCACACAGUCUCAUGUGCUGAUAUUCUAGCACUCUCUGCAAGAGAUUCAACUGUUAUUGCAGGUGGACCAAACUGGGAAGUCCCACUUGGAAGAAGAGACUCAAGAGGAGCAAGUUUAAGUGGCUCCAACCACAACAUUCCAGCUCCAAACAACACUUUCCAAACAAUCCUCACUAAAUUCAAGCUACAUGGUCUUGACAUAGUUGAUCUAGUCGCAUUAUCCGGGAGCCACACAAUUGGUAACGCAAGAUGCACCAGUUUCAGACAAAGAUUGUACAACCGAAAUGGCCAAUUAGGUUCGGCUGAUUACACGAUGGAGCAGUCCUUUGCAGCUCAAUUGCGGUUUCAAUGCCCGAGAUCAUGGGGAGAUCAGAAUCUAUUCUUCCUAGAUUCUUCUUCACCGUUCAAGUUUGAUAACAGUUAUUUCAUCAACUUGUUGGCAUUCAAGGGUCUCCUAAGCUCUGAUCAAGUUUUGUUAACCGAGAAUGCACAGUCUAUGGGUCUGGUCAAGAUGUAUGCAGAGAGUAAUGACUUGUUUUUUCAGCAGUUUGCUAAGUCUAUGAUCAAGAUGGGGAAUAUAUCUCCUUUAACCAACUUCAGGGGAGAGAUUAGGAGGAAUUGCAGGCUAAUUAACUCUUAA